AUGAAACCCCAAGUUCUAUUUAUUGGUGGCUUGAAUAAAUCGCUUCCUGAAUAUCAACGAUUCAAGUCGAAUUUCGAAUGUAUCGAUUAUAAAAUUACAACAAAAGAACAAUUAAUCAACGAUUUUAAUACUAAAUUUAAAAAUAUUCUGGCUAUUUAUGGUGCCUGGCUUGGGUUUGUAUUAAUUGGUGGAUUUAAAAAUGAUAUCAUUGAUAAUGCACCGCCUAAUUUGAAAAUCAUCUCAAUUUGUUCGGUUGGCUAUGACCCUUAUGAUACUAAAGCAAUGGCUCAACGUAAUAUCAUCUUAACAAAUGUUCCCUCGGAUGGUGCUGCCGAGCCAGUAGCUGAUUUGGUCUUAUACAAUACUUUAACCAGCUUUAGAAACUUCCACUUAAAUACUAGAAACUUCACUGCCGAGUCUAAUCACACUGUUCAUUUGAGAAGAAGUUUAGAAUCAAGUUCUUUUGAUAAAAAAUCCGGCAUAAUUGAUUUACAAAAAGAUCAUGAAUACUCUUUUGGUGAAACCGUAAUCAAUAGACCCUGUUUAUCCCCAAGAAAUCAUCAUGUAGUCAUCUUGGGGUUUGGUAAAAUUGGCCAGUUGAUUGGUAAAAAAUUGGCCGCUAUUGGUAUGGUUAUCCAUUAUGUUAAAAGAACUGACUUAUCAAAAGCUGAAAAAUCAAAUUUGGGCUACGAUGCUACUUUCCAUUCUUCUUUGGAUUCCGCUAAAUUUGCGGAUCUAGUCGUGAUUUCAUUACCCGAAACCCCGGAAACAAGACACUUGAUAAAUGAGCAGUCUAUUAAUAGUUUCGACAAACCUUUUAGAAUCAUCAACGUUGGCCGUGGUCCGGUGAUUGACGAAAUCGCUUUAGUUAAUGGGUUGAAAUCAGGUAAAAUCUUAUUUGCAGCUUUAGACGUUUUUGAAAAUGAACCUUCGGUGAAUCCACAACUAUUCGGUAGACAAGACGUGGUAUUGACUCCUCAUGUUGGAGCCUCAACCGUCGAAAACUUCGACUACACUGCUGUUCAAGCAUUGAAGAAUAUUGAAAAUGUUUUAAAUGGCAGUCUUCCCUUGAAUAAAGUGAAUUAA